AUGUGUGUGGGGUAUGUUGCCACAGUGACCAUGAUGCCAUCUUAUAGAUCCUACGAUAAGAUAUAUGGCAAGUGGUAUACAAAUGCCUGGAUGGGAAAUGUGGACAUUCCCAAUGAUAAGAAAAAUCAGAAAAUGCCUCCCUUCGUUAUCAAACCUAUUUCUGCAAAUAAAAUAGAGGCCAAAUUAAAUCUUAAAAAGAAUGGCCGAUGUGAAGAAAUUAAAUUAAUUCUACAGACAACAAAUGAACCUGGGAAAAUGGUCACCUGGGGAAAGCAGAUUGUUGGCUUACUGAACAUGAAAGUAAAAGACAACAUGAUUAUAUAUAUGGAAGGCAAGAUGAAUGGGAAAAACAUCAUAAUGAUGCAGCUUCUAGGUCGAAAUUCAGAUGUUAAUCCUGAAGCUUUCGAAAUAUUUGAAGAAUUUGUCAGGAGCAAAGGACAAGAUGUGACCAAAAUCAUCAAGCCUGAAGUAGAGGCUGACUGUAUUCCAGGACGAUCAUAA